AUGGCUGAAGUCUUCGGCACCGUGUCCGGCGCUUUGAGCGUGGCGGCUCUGUUCAUCAACUGCGUCGACUGUUUCGAGGACAUCAAACUGGGCAGUCACUUUGGUCGAGACUUCGAACACUGCCAACUGAAACUCGACCUCGCCAAGAUCCGAUCGACGAUAUUGAAAGAGAUCAAACUGCUCUUCCAGACCGUACAGAAGUCAUCGAAGCGGUACGACAUCGAUGCCAGGAAAGAUGAUUUGGUGCGCUCCGAAGACAAGGACAUGCAGCCGGUAGUUUGGGAACUGCACAGCCGACUGGGGGUUGUCGCUCGCCAGAGACAGAAGCGAACGGGUUUGGUAGAAAAGGCGACGUGGGCGUUGUAUGACGGCAAGAAUUUUGACAGGCUGGUAGAAAAGAUCAGGGGAUUUGUGAAUGAUCUAGAGAAGCUGUUUCCUGUGGAUACCACGCGUCGUAAGCUCGUGGAGCUAGAAAUUGAAGAGGUGGACGAUGAGACGAGCUUAAUGGCUCUGCUCCAGCUGAAGUGGCGUUCUUUCCACGCAAGUCUAGUGGUUUAA